CCUCAGUCCCAUUUAAAGCUCCCAGGGCUUUCCGAAAAAUUGAAGGCUCAGUUUCUGCAGCGCCUUCUUCCACUGCAAGAUGAACACUGUUCUGCCUUGCCAAGACCAGUACUUUGUAGGAGGUCAGAGUUAUAAUUGCCCGUAUUCCACUACAACGUCAGAAUCUAGUGUUGACGUUUCCACGGAGACUUGGGUCUCUUUCUGGGCUGCUGGUCUCCUGGACAACAGAGAGCCCCAACAAGCACCACAGGCACUGGAAUCAUCCUGUGACUCCAGUUUCUCUGCUCCUAACUCUUGUUCAUGGGAAGAAGCUCAGCUUUCCUCUCAGCUCUACAGAAACAAGCAGCUCCAAGAUACUCUGGUGCAGAAGGAAGAAGAACUUGCUAGGUUACAUGAAGAGAAUAAUCACCUCAGACAAUACCUGAAUUCUGCUUUGGUUAAAUGUCUUGAGGACAAGGCCAAGAAAUUGCUGUCAUCAGAUGAGUUCUCCAAAGCAUUUGGACAAUUCAGAAAGGGAAAGAGGAAACCCAAAGAGCAAAGAUACUUUCCUCCUGAGAUCCCCCACCACAAAAAUGCCAAGAGAAACCUCUCUAGUGAAUUUGCUAACUGUGAAGGACAACCUGGGCCCCCUGUGGACCCUUGGGUUCUUCAGACCCUUGGGUUAAAAGACCUCAACACCAUCGAUGACACUUUAUCAGCUAACUACAGUGCCCACUCCUCUCAUCCCAGAAGAAUUGCCAGCACAUGUCCUCCAUUUCUGGAUGAUGCAGUUGAUUAUGAAAAUGUCUCCAGGGAGGAUCUGCCAAUUGACUAUGGAGGCGACCCAGCAACCCCCUCACAUAGCACUGCUGGGCACAGGGAAGAUUUUCACUUCCUUUCUCAACUUUCAAACCCCCCAGGAGGGCUUCAAACUUCUCCUUACUAUACUUCUGAUGUGUCACCCAAUAAAACAGAGAUGGCCUUUUCCACAUCCCUGAGCCCUCACUGUAAUGUAAAAACUCACUCCUUCCACCAGGGACAAGCCUUUGUUUGUCGAGAUGAGGAGGGAGGCUGGAAGUUUACCUGGGUCCCUAAGCAGUCUUAGUGACCUCCCUUCUAUCACGAAAGACUGCCAUAAACUCUGUUUACAAAGACCUC